UAUCAUAACAUGACUAGUUACAAAGGCAUGUACUCAUCGACACUCAAGUAUCUAAAAUAGCAACGAAGAUCAAUAUCCGCGUACUGUGGCAUGCAUGCAAUGCAAUGUUCCUUGUCAUAUGUAUGAAGAUCGUUCCUGGGUUGCAGAUGGAGAAUGGGAGAGAAGCUUCCAUCGGAGUAUCGUAUCUUGGUACUGACUUGUUUGUUUUGGUUGGUUUAUCUAUCGGCAUGUGGAGGGACUGGGAUGAUCUGUGAGGUAGAUGACGAUCGGAAUGAUGUGUGUGUGUGUGUGUGUGUGUAUCUUUGCUUUUUGUUGUUUCUCCUUCUGCUGCUGGUUUGGGGGAGUGGGUUAAUUGGUUGCUUUUGCUGGAUGGGUUGGGAAUUUGGGAGUAGGGUUUGUGGGUAUUCAAUUUUGAGGAUGAAUAUGUUGGAGAUUGAUUAUAAUAUGGUGAAGGUGGAGGUGAUAAUUCACGUUUCUAGUCAAGGCUAUAAAGAUAUCUUGUUUCUAGUCUUCUUUCUCUCCUUCCUUUCUAAAUCUAUUGAUAUCUGAGUUUACUAAAGCUACUCUAUGUAGUGAACUUAACUAAGCCAUAGUAGUAUACAUCUAGUAUGCAUAGCCCAUUAUGUUCA